AUGAGUUCGUACUUCGCGAACUCAUACAUGCCGGAUUUGCGGAACGGCGGCGGCGUCGUGCCGUUAGUGGAGCACGCGCCGCAUCAUCAACACUACGGAGCAACUGCCCAAGUUGGUGGAGGAGACAUAGCCGGUGGCGAUCCGAAUAACUGCGAUCCCACGGCUGUCGGAUUACGGCAGGGUAUUCCCGCUCACCACUAUGGACCGCCGUCUGGUGCUGGACAGCAGCCAGCCCAAGGCAUGCCUUACCCGCGCUUUCCGCCCUACGAUCGCAUGGACAUUCGGAGUGCGGCGUACUAUGGAGCGCAACAGCAGCAGAUGGUGGACGGCGGCGGAGGAUACCGACCCGAUAGUCCUGGUCAAAUGGGUCAUGCAAAUGGUCAUCAAACGCCUGUUGUAUAUGCAAGCUGUAAAUUGCAAGCGGCUGCAGUAGCCCAAGGUGGUGUACUGGGAAGCCAUGGUAGUCCUCCGCUAGAACAACAACAUCAAGCGCAUCAUAUGCAACAGCAGCAACACCAAGCGCAUCAAGCGCAUCAUAUGCAACAGCAAGCACAUCACAUGCAACAGCAACCGCCCAUGCACCAGCCGCCGCCUCAGCAACAUAUGAUGUACGGCGGCGUACAAGGACUCAGUCCACAGCAUCAAACGCAUCAGCAACCUAUGCAUCAAGCAGCGCAGCAGCAACCGCCCAGUAAUACUGCAGCCUCCCUCCCUAGUCCGUUGUAUCCUUGGAUGCGCAGUCAAUUCGAAAGAAAACGAGGGCGCCAAACGUACACGCGUUACCAGACGCUGGAAUUGGAGAAAGAGUUCCACUUCAAUAAAUACCUGACGCGACGGCGACGCAUCGAAAUCGCGCACGCCCUGUGUCUCGAAAGGCAGAUUAAGAUUUGGUUCCAAAACAGAAGGAUGAAAUGGAAGAAGGAAAACAAGACCAAGGGCGAGCCAGGAUCAGGUGACGGAGGCGACGAUAUUACGCCACCCUCAUCUCCACAAUAAACAGUAUUCUGCGUGUCAACGUGUUACAAAACAAAACUUAUUACGACAGAUCAAUACGCGGAAUAACAUUUUUAGCAAAAAUA